AUGACUGAUGUAGGGGGUGAAGGAGGAUCAACUCCUGUGACUGUGAAGGAAACUGGGUCAACUUCAGUUGCUUGUCCCAUGUUGAAUUCCACAAAUUAUACGGUCUGGUCACUGAGAAUGAAGGUAUUCUUAAGAAUUCAUAAGGCUUGGAGUGUGAUUGACCCUGGAACAGAGAAGAACGAGGAGAAAGAUUACCUUGCUAUGGGGUUGCUUUAUCAGGCAAUUCCAGAAAGCUUGAUAAUGCAAAUUGGUGAUGUCGAGUCUUCAAAGGUGCUUUGGGAUGCAAUCAAGACUCGAUACAUUGGGGCUGAUCGAGUGAAGGAGGCCCGUCUUCAAACCCUAAGUGUCGAGUUCGAUCGCCUCAGGAUGAACGAAUCAGAGACGAUCGACAGUUUCUCCGGAAAGUUGUUUGGAAUUGCUUCAAAAUCGGCGGCAUUAGGAUCUGUAAUCGACGAAUCCAAGCUUGUAAAGAAAUUCCUUAAAUCACUGCCACGAAAAUUCAUUCAUAUGGUAGCAUCACUCGAACAGAUUCUAGACUUAAAUAGUACAAAUUUCGAUGAUAUAGUCGGAAGGAUGAAGGCGUAUGAAGAGAGGAUCAGAGAAGAAGAUUCCUACGGUGGUGAGAAAGAACAAGCUUUGUUCGUCGAGCACGGUGGAUCAACGAAUCGUAACUGGAGAAGAAAAGGGAAAGAUGUAGAUAGUCAUGGAAUUGGUACGACUGGGAAAAAAUCACACGGAAGUAACAUGUCAAGUGGAUCUGGAUCCGGAUCCUGUGGGUCGAUGAUGUCAAGUGAAUCCGGGUCUAAAGCAAAACAAGCCCAAAUAAAAUCAAAUAAUGGUCGAUCCAAUAAUAGGCCCAAUUCCAAUUCUAAUUCAAAUAAUAAACCGAAAAAGGACCGAUCCAAAAUUAUUUGUUACUGGUGUGAUAAACCGGGCCACUUCGCGUCUCAAUGUCCGGACCAAAUCAAAAAAUUACAAGAAAGUAAUUUUAUUGAAUAUGACGAUACCGACGAUGCCGUAUUUUUACACGAGACCGUAUUUUUGAAUGAAGAGAAGGUGAUACCGUCUCGAUACGACUCACAAGAAAACGAUGUGUGGUAUUUGGAUAAUGGGGCGAGCAAUCACAUGACAGGGAACCGGUCAUUUUUCUCCGAGCUUGACGAAAGCAUAACCGGGAGGGAUAAAUUUGGAGAUAAUUCGUGUGUAAAAAUCAAAGGAAAAGGUGCUAUACUUUUCCAAGGCAAGAAAGGUCAACAAAGGCUGAUGACAGAAAUUUACUACAUUCCGGAUCUCAAGAACAACAUUAUAAGUCUCGGACAAGCAACUGAAGCCGGGUGUGAUAUUCGAAUGAAAGACAACUUUUUAACCAUGCACGAUGCCGAUAAUUGCUUAUUAAUGAAAGUACAAAGAACUUCAAACCGCCUUUAUAAAAUAAAAUUACAGAUUGGAGUUCCUAUUUGCCUACAUUCAAGACUAAGUGAAGAUGCGUGGCGAUGGCAUGCAAGACUUGGGCACAUCAAUUUCGAGUCAAUGAAAAAGAUGUCCAAAAAGGGUUUAGUCAAAGGGUUACCAAAAUUAGAUCAUGAGAAUCAAUUAUGUGAAUCAUGCUUAGUCGGCAAGCAAACAAGAAAGUCCUUCCCAACCAUGACGACAUACAAAGCGAAACAACCAUUGGAGCUUGUUCACGGAGAUUUAUGCGGUCCGAUCACGCCGGCAACCAAGGGUCAAAAUAGGUACAUUUUUACACUAAUUGAUGAUUUUUCACGAUUUAUGUGGAUUUAUCUCAUAAAAGAAAAGAGUGAGGCGUUUACACACUUCAAAAAAUUCAAAGCUUUGGUGGAAAAUGAAAUUGGAAAGCCUUUGAAAGUGUUUAGAAGUGAUCGAGGAGGUGAGUUUACCUCUCUCGAGUUUAAUUCUUUUUGUGAGCAAAACGGAGUUAAAUGCAAUCUCACCGCCCCAUACUCUCCACAACAAAACGGAAUUGUGGAACGAAGAAACCGAACUCUUAUGGACAUGACACGAAGUAUAAUGAAGGCAAUGCAUGUUCCAAACUACUUAUGGGGAGAAGCGGUAAAUCACUCAACAAAUCUAAUCAAUCGAGUUUACACAAGAGUCCUUGGUGAUACAACUCCAUACGAAAAGUUGUAUAAAAGAAAACCGAAUUUAGAAAAUGUUCGUAUAUUUGGGUGUCUAGCACAUGCAAAAGUUGAAUCGGUUAAUCAAAAGAAGUUGGAUGCAAGAUCAAGACCACUAGUACAUGUUGGUUCCGAACCGGGUACGAAAGCUUACCGGUUAUUUGACCUGGUAACACAAAAAAUAAUCGUGAGUCGAGAUGUUAUUUUUGAUGAAACCAAAGGGUGGGAUUGGAUUAAAGAAGUAGGAAUCAACAAUGAAGAACCGGGUUCAUUCAUAAUACCAUGGGACUAUCCAAGAGAAGAUGUGAACAACAACCAAGGAAACGAUGUAAACAAUGAUCCAAUUGAAUCGGAUCAAGAGAUUGGAGACGGAGCGGAUGUACAAGAUAAUCAACAAUCAAGUCCGGUAAAUAAUAAUGUUCAACAAGGAGCUACAAUUCAAAGAACCUCGAGAGCAAGAGUACCUCCAAGACGAUUUCAAGAUUAUGAGCUUGAUCUUGACAAUCUCGAAGAACUCCUUCUAACAACCAAUGGCGAGCCGGUAUCGGUUGAAGAAGCGAAGAAAGAACCAAAAUGGGUCAAGGCCAUGGAUGCGGAAAUCAAGUCAAUAAACAAAAAUAAUACUUGGACUCUUGUGAACAAACCUAUGGGGGUGAAGCCAAUUGGACUCAAGUGGGUGUUCAAAUUAAAGAAAAAUGCAGAUGGCACCAUUAAUAAAUACAAGGCAAGGUUGGUUGCUAAAGGUUACGUGCAAUAA